AUGUCUUCUUCGCGUGUUGGAUUGCGCUUCUUCCAGAAUGCUCGGGCUAGCUUCCGCAAUGCCUAUGGUCCCUUCCGUCGGCCUGGUGCCCAGGGACGUCGUUUCCAGAGCGCGGAUGCGGGUUCUGCGUCAUCCGAGCAACAGAGCGCCUUCAAGCGUAUGUGGAACAGCCCUGUUGGCCUCAAGACCGUUCACUUCUGGGCCCCUGUCAUGAAGUGGGCUCUGGUCAUCGCGGGUAUCUCCGAUUUCAGUCGUCCCGCGGAGAAGCUCUCCCUCACUCAGAAUGCUGCGCUGAUGGCUACCGGUGCUAUCUGGACCCGUUGGUGCCUUAUUAUCAAGCCCCGUAACAUCUUGCUCGCCGCUGUCAACUUCUUCCUUGGAUGCGUUGGUGUCGUCCAGGUCAGCCGUAUCUUAAUGUACCGCCGUAGCUUGGAUGGAGGAUCGACAAAAGAAGCUCUGAAGGAUAUGGAGCAGGGGGUGGUCGGCUCGGCCAAGUCCGUCAGCGCCAAGACUGAAGCUGCUGUUGAGAAGUCUACUUAG